GACGAAACAUCCAAUCCAUAGGGCGUUUUUUUUUGGGUCCCCAGUCGGAUAAUCUUGUUUCUAUGUCAUCUGCCGUUCCUACCCCUACAGUUUCUGGAUAAACUCGUGUAUAUAAUGCAGGAGCACUUGGUGUGAAAGACUUGACCAAAUGGCUUUCUUGCUGAUCUUGUGGCUUCUCGUUCUCGCGCCCUUCUUGCGGGUCCAUUCGCUUGACUACUAUGGCGCUGACUUCUCCUCCCUGGUCAAUUUGGAGCGAUCUGGCAUUUCCUACUCGGAUGGUGGGAGCAAGAAAGCUUUCGAAGAUAUUCUCGCCGAUCAUGGAGCCAACAUUGCACGGAUCCGAAUCUGGACUAGUGAAAGCGAUUCUGAGUACAGUCUGGACUAUGGUCUCGCCUUGGCACGCAGAGUGGUGGAUGCGGGAAUGGCUUUGUUGAUUGACCUCCAUUACAGUGAUACAUGGGCAGAUCCCUCAAAACAGGCUAUUCCCUCUGCAUGGUCUGAGGAUUUGAAUUCUCUGAAUACUGAGAUAUGGCAAUACACGUUGGAUUUGGUCAACGCAUUCAAUGAUCAAGGGACUCCCAUUGAUUUUAUUCAAAUCGGCAAUGAAAUAAAUGGCGGCUUCUUGUGGCCAACAGGACAAGUCUCAGUAAACGGUUACGAGCCGUUGUCUGAGCUUUUGCACUCUGCGGUCAGUGCCGUCCGUCAAGCAUCCUCAUCGACAAAGACGGUCAUUCACCUCGCCAAUGGUUGGGAUAAGGACAGCAUAUUAUACUUCUACGAACAGGUCUUCGACUUCCAAGGUGAUCUGGAGCUCGAUGACAUAGACGUCAUGGCCUUCUCGAUGUAUCCUUUCUAUGAUUCGGGUGCCACACUCUCUGCCUUGCAAUCUAGUCUCAAGACGGUCGUUUCUACAUACAGCAAGGACGUGAUGAUCGUUGAGACCGACUGGCCAGUCCAAUGCUCUGGAGUCGAUUUGACUGAAAACAUUGCUGUAUCGGUGCAAGGACAAGAAACCUGGAUGUCCGACCUUGAGGACAUCGUGAAUGGACUUUCUGGUGGCCACGGAAUAGGUCUCUUCUACUGGGAACCGGGCUGGAUCGGUAACGCUGGCCUUGGCUCUAACUGUUCGGAUAACCUUCUGGUGGAUAGUUCAGGCAAAACUCGGGAUUCAAUUGAUAUAUUCGCGAGCUAGGCGUAGAUACUACUAAUUGUCAUAGCCGGCAAUAAC